AUGAGUUCACUCUGGAAAUCAUUAACCUUGCAGUUUUCCUCGGAUCAACGCCAAACGGUAGAAUUUUGUGUUCAUAAUGAAGUGCGACGUCGUUAUUGACAGAAUCAAGGCCCGUGUUGCCGGAAUCGACGCCAACGGACCUCGCAAGGUUCUGGGAGUGUUCCAGUUGAACAUCGAAGCUGCCGAUGGUCUUCAUGAGCUGGUUAUUGAUCUGAAGAAGCUGAAGGUUUAUGAAGGAAAGGAAUCUGGAGCCGAUGUGGUCAUCAACAUGACGGAUGAAGACUUCAUUGCCGUUGGAACCAAAACGAUUUCCGUGCACGAUGCUGUCGAACAGGGCAAGGUCAACAUGACUGGUGACGAAGCUCUCUUCCAGGCCCUAGUUGAUGCUAUUUAAACAUUAUGGUUUUUUGAUUUGUUUGUAUGUUAUUUAUGGUACGACUGAAAUGAUAAAAAUAAGCAACAAGAUUAUUUUAAUACGUUUGAAUAUACAUUUUUGCAAGCAUUA